AUGGUUCCGCCUUACGUGUUCCUAGCAAGUGCUAUUUGUCUUUCGCUUCUCUCAUUAACAACUUUCAUAAGUAACCUUCUACUUCUCCUUGCUAUUUGCCGGAAAGAUUCAGGCAAAUAUUUUAAAUUUACCGCACCGAGGACUGUUUUUAUGGUGGCGUUAAGUCUGGCGGAUCUGUUGACAGCGCUUACUACUGAGCCGUUCUUUGCUGCAUACUACUUUAUAAUUUAUUUCCAAGAAGACGAGGCAGUUAGCAGCGUUUUGGAAACACUUUUCAAUGCUGGACGGUUGAUAUCAACUGUAGCAAUCAACUUCUCCUUUCUGGUCAUCUUAGCUUUAUCUUGGUCUCAAUAUAUUGCCAUAAAACAUCCACAAGGUUUCAAGAAAAUUGUUACGAAAAGAAAUGCAGUUAUUCUCAUUUUACUGAAUUUGUUAUAUCUAGUGUGCUUCAUCAGCUUAAAGUUCAUUACAGGAAUUAGUGAGAUCGUCUUUCUGAAAAUUAACCUGGCUAAGAAUUCGAUGUUUCUUACAGUAAAUUUGAUGGCCAUUUUGUUGCUAUUGAAUAUUGAAUUUCGACGCCUUGUUAGACGGAGGAACUCCUGGCCAGAAAACAUCGCAUCUGACAUCACAUCGCUGAACUUUAUCGACAGGUGCAAACCGAAAACGCGCCGAGAUAAUCUUCUUAAACAGUUUACAGUAGUCGUCAUAUACCUGGCUGUUAUUCUUGUUUUGAUAGCUUUGCCUCACAUAAUAAUAGCGCAAAUAUAUCUUUAUUCAUCUGACCUAUCUCCGCAAGCUGUUCGAAAUCUGAAGAUCGCUUUUCUGGUCUCCGAUCUACUGAUUUUCCUCAAAAUGUGUCUGGAUAGCUUCGUUUAUGUGUGGCGCCUGUCUUCUUAUCGCAGAGCCAUCAAGAUGCUCUUUUUCUGCCGAGGACAAAAAUGGAGAAGAGAAACUGAGCGCAGUGACGCAUUAGACUUGGGCUUUCCACAGGAAGCCCAGGUCAGGAAGUGACCGGUCAUUAUUUAUCGCCGGGAGUUGGAGGUGGGAGGGGGGGGGAGGAUUUGGGGUUAAACAAGGUGCUAUUUAGCCUAUUGAUCCUUUGAAUGUUACUUAACUGAAGUGAUCCCCGCUAAUAACAUUUGAUGACUUUCGCGGUCCCCCCAUGUCUUCAUUUUCCAAGCAAAUUUGAGUGGUCCCCCCUCUGAAUCCUUCCAAAGUUUUCAGUGAUCCCCCCUUUUGGGUUCUCAGUUACGACUGAUCCCUCCUUUUGUUCUCCUAAAAAUCAAAGUCCCCCCGCCAACCCCCCACCCCCGGCGAUGAAUAAUGACCGGUUCUUAAGUACAGCUGCUUUACUGUUGUACCUCUUAUUGUAUUGAGCCUGCAAGGCUUUUUGAGGCGUAAAUGCUUAACAAAGUUGGAAGAAAAUUUCAGUUAGAUUUUCAAGCAAAUAUUAAUUUAAAUUUGUGGUUUAACUUCAAAAAAUUCCAAUGGGGGAUGGAAAAGUUAAUGAGAAAUCUAAAUUGUUCAAGUUAUGUGGAAGUACAACUCGAAAUCUAAAUCUCGCCUUAAAAGACAUAACCCAAACUAAAGGUAAUUCAUUUUUUCUUUCGGAUCUUUAAAAAAACAAACAAACAAACAGUUACCAUGAAAACUCACCCAGCGGCCAGCCAGGGGAGCCUUGAAAACUCGGCCCAGGGUUCUGAAACUUUGAUCGGCCACGCGAACAAGACGAAGUAAACUGGAGGCGAAUAAACCCAAACAAGAUGACAAUACCUAUUCUUCUGGGGUAGGGAGAAAAUGCAAUUGUAUUGCUUUCCUAUUUCAAGGCAAAUCAAGUUAUUGUUACAUUUUUUAUCAUAUCUUCCUCGUUUACUUAUAUUUAAGCUUCUUAGUGGAGCAUUCAGAAUGUGGUGGUGACCGAAGCUGUUUUUACUAUGCAUAAGGAAAUAUAAUCCUCCUCUGUCCACCGGAGAGGAAAAAUCGAGGAAGUGGUUCUGUUUGCUGCACUUUUGCACCUGGUCGAACGGGAAGGCGAACGAAUUUGUGAGAAAAAAAAGAGUCUUAAACUUCCUUAGGAAUUCCUAGGUCACAUCGGUCUAAACGAAUUCUGAAUCGAGAAUUCUGUGUCGAGAGUCCGGUUGUAAUAGCUUAGCAAACUGAAUAUUUGGCGGCGGCAGUAAUAGACUAUUAACGAAGCCUGACGAAUCAUGAACGCGACAAACAGUUCUGUUGACAACGAAGAAUACUAUGAUUUCCGCACAAUAUCGGAAGUUUUUAUGCUGGGAUUUGCUCUUCUAUCUGUGGCAACUGUCCUGAACAAUGGCAUGUUUUUGUGGACUUUCUACAAAGAUCCCUUGAAGUGUCUCCGAACACCGUCCGCCAUUUUCAUGGCUGGUUUGUCAAUCUCCAAUUUCCUCACUGGCCUUAUCGGAGAACCUGCUGUUGUGAUAAUCAUUGCCUUGUCUCUUGUUAACUUUAAAGUUAAAGACAUCGACAAGUUCUAUCGCUUUACCGAAGCAUUUUACUCCGUCACGAUCACCAGUUCUUUUCUGAUUAUGCUAGCUCUGGGGAUCGUGCAGUAUUUGCUAAUCAAGAACCCAAGAGUUUACGGAAAAAUUGUCAGCCCAAAGUCAGCGAUAAUUGGCGUGAUUUUUAUUUUCGUCUAUUCCAUCUUCUUUGCUGUGUUACCUGAAAUGACCGGCAUUGAUAUAUUCGUGUUUUAUGCUGUUGAACUGGUAGUUCACAACACUGUAUUGACAGUUGUGGUUGUAAUUCUCUACAUUAUGAUCUACUUUGCAUUUCGUAGGCUGGCUCAACGACACCGUGAUGCAGAUCUUAAUGAAAACGCAGAGGAACAAGGGCCUGUUACUGAUCUACACCGUCGCCAAGCAGAAAAAGAAUUUAUCUAUGGGACAAUUAUGUUGGCAGUGAUCCUGAUAAUAACAGUUUGGCCCUACUGCAUAAUUUUGUUCGUUGCACUGUUUGGCAAAGAAUUCUCUUUAACUUUAUCGAUAGCGUGGAUGGUCACAGAGUUCUUUAUGAUGUGGAAAUUUGCAGUGGACCCCUUUGUGUUUGCAUGGCGUCUAAGGAAGUACAGGAAGUCACUGAUAAUGGUCAUGCAGAGAUCGUGCUCAUGUUUUAAGCCAACGUUACCUGGAGCUACCUACCAAAGG